AUACUGACCUACUUAAUUCGUCAGCUAUACCAAUGUUGCCCAAGGUUGGUAAUCUGGGACUAUUGAACUUGGAAGACCUGCCUGUGAUGUUUAAGUAGAAUGAAAUUGGGACAUCUAUUCGGUAUUCAACGAAUCAGAUUCGAUGCGAUCCACACUUGGCAAAUCGUCUACAACAUAUCUUUGGAAGAUCGCAUCGUUUUAUAAUCUUUCUAUCAACCGCCGAUUGCCUAAGUAUCUUCAACUUCCUGUGGCUACCUAAUACAUUUAUGCACAAUUAAGCCGACAUAUGAGAAAAGACCUAGAAUUGGGCAUGACUUGAUUUCAAAUAAGCAAACGUUACUUGGUACAUAUUAUUUCUGAAUAGGAUCACAUGCGAAUUUGCCAUGGCAUCCACUGUAUGGCCGGGGGCGCGACCCGUAAAGACAUGCACGGAAUGCAAACAGUCGAAGCUUCGAUGCGACUCUAAAGACAUGUUUCCGAACCCCUGCUCUAGAUGUCAGGCGAGACAUUUAACAUGUACAGUUGACCCGUCCUUUCGAAGGACGCCGGCUCGAAAGCGACUUGAAGCUAUGUCAAAAGAGCUACGGGAACUUCGUGAUCAGAGAUUAGCGAACUCUCGCGCAGGUUCUACUACGAGUCCAGAUCCAGACUCUGCCCGUUCACAAGAUUCAUCCGGCAACCCGCCGCAACCAACAGUUGCUAUUCUAUUAGAAGAUUUUGAGCUUUUAGGGUUAGAGUCGUUUGAGAUUGGCGGCGUUAUCGUUAGCAAGCAAUCAGUCAUGGAGGCAUUCGAGUUAUUCACAACCUUCCUCCAUCCGCAUCUUCCGAUAAUAGGUCCUGUAUCGCUCAAGACCCUCUAUCAUUCUCACACUUUUCUAUUUUGGACAAUCAUUGCCGUCGUUACAUGUCGCUUACCAUUAUCCUCUGAUGAAACCGUAUUCACUCGGCUCCGCGAGCCAUACACGCAGAUGCUUCAAGCAGAAGCUUUGCAGGCGCCAAUAUCCCUAAGCAAAAUCCAAGCUCUUUUAUUCCUAUGCACAUGGCCAUUACCAGUGCCGCAUCAACCGGAAGAUCCGAGUUGGUUAUACUGCGGGGUUGCUGUGAACGCAGCUCUUUACAUGGGGCUUCACCGGUCCAACCCGAGGGCCGGGUCUACUCCCUCGGUACGCAGUGUCGGUGUCAUAUCCGGAAGUCCAUACGAAAGAAUAAACACGUGGUUAGGUUGUUUCCAUGUUAGCACAUCUCUGAGUAUGCAUCUUGGUCUCCCUCCGAUGAUCAAUACACCGUCCGAUAUCGCUACGAUCCGUUCGAUACUCAGCGAACAUAGUCUUCCGCGCGAGUUUUCACUCCAGAUUAGAGUGCUACUCGUCAUGGCGGGAUUUACCAAUGUCCUUACACAUAAUUCAAACGACGGUGUGGUUGAUACUUCCGUCACCCAGCUUCUCGAUGGCGAGCUCGAUACGCUUAAAAUCGUAUAUCCGGAUGGAUGGACGACUAUGAUUGACCAUUUCGUUAUGGCCGUCAAAAUGCACGUUUAUACACUUGUGAUCAUACGAUCUCGCUCUACUACUAGUUCGAGAGAUAUCCUACUCAAGUUAGGUCUUGCCGCUGCCCUCCGCAUCAUAAACCUAGCGAAUUCGCGGUUUCAUGAGAGGUCAGAUAAGCCCCAAAGCAUGUCCAUAGGAGACCGCGAAAGAUUACUGCCCAAGGAUUACUUCAGAGGCCUAGCAUUUGCGACAAUCUUCCUCCUCAGAUACUUUAGUCUCAACAACAAUGCUAGCAACCAUGAAGAACAACAACUAGCAGCAAACCAUGUGAUUAUGUCACAUACGAUGUUUAGAACAUUGACGCUGCAACCUCGGGACGAAUUUGAUAGGGUCGCGAAUCUCUUUGAAGUAUUAUGCAAGCAGACACCAGUCUCCGCCGAUGUCAAAUCAAACCUCACGGAUAGGAUGGGAGUGUACAUAUUACUAGACGCGAUUGACACGGCCAACAAACUACGCGGUCGGACCGUCGAGAUACAGGAAUCUGAAGUUCCCACCACAUCAGCGAGCCUGCCGGGACCGAGUAGCAUCCCCGCCGAAGAUGUUUUUGAUACCAAUUCUCAGAUGGUAGAACCUUGGCAGUCAGAUAUCGCUUUCGCAAAUAUGUUCUGGGGUGAUCCUUCAUGGGACAUGUAUAGCAUUACCGCCGAGGCACAACAUUUUCAUCUGGGCUAAGGGCAUUUAAUAAAGAAUCAUUGUAUAUAGUAGACGGAAACAUCAGUGAGAGAAACGACUAGACGAUACCAAGUACAUAUAAGUUACAUGAGAGCCCCGACCAUCCACCUAAACGCCCAAAUCACACCUAGGCUA